UCAGCAGACGCGGAGCGCCGCGUAACGCCGCGUAACGCCGCGGAUGCCCUCGGCCGAGCCGCGUUCGCCUCCGUCGCGGCCCUGCCCGGGCUGGCGGGGGGGGCAACAGGCCAAAAUCCUGCACAUGAUGGACGACAACAAGCAGCUGGCGCUGCGCAUGGACGGGGCUCUGCAGGCGGCGGGGCAGGAGGUGUCGGCGCUGCGGGCCGAGCUGGCAGCCACCGGCCGCCGCCUGGCAGAGCUGGGCAGCGACCCGGCCAUGGAGCACGGCCCGCACAGCGCACAAGCCCUGCUGAGGGAGGAGGUGGCCCAGCUGCAGGAGGAGGUUCACCUGCUCCGGCAAAUGAAGGAAAUGCUGACCAAAGACCUGGAGGAGACACAUGGCAGCAAGUCACCAGAGGUCCUCUCGGCCACCGAGCUGAAGGUGCAGCUGGCACAGAAGGAGCAGGAGCUGGCACGGGCCAAGGAGGCUCUGCAGGCCAUGAAAGCCGACCGCAAGCGGCUGAAGGUGGAGAAGACCGACCUGGUGAGCCAGAUGCAGCAGCUCUACGCCACACUGGAGAGCCGCGAGGAGCAGCUCCGCGACUUCAUCCGCAACUACGAGCAGCACAGGAAAGAGAGCGAGGAUGCGGUGAAAGCCCUGGCCAAGGAGAAGGACCUCCUGGAGAGGGAGAAGUGGGAGCUGAGACGACAAGCCAAGGAGGCCACCGACCACGCCAGCUCCCUCCGCUCCCAGCUCGACCUGAAGGACAACCGCAUGAAGGAGCUGGAGGCUGAGCUGGCCAUGGCCAAGCAGUCCCUUGCCACGCUGACCAAGGACGUCCCCAAGCGCCAUUCCUUGGCCAUGCCAGGCGAGACGGUGCUGAACGGCAACCAGGAGUGGGUGAUGCAGGCUGACCUCCCGCUGACCGCCGCCAUCCGGCAGAGCCAGCAGACCCUCUACCACUCCCACCCCCAGCACGCGGCUGACAGGCAAGGGGUCAGAGUGAGUCCUUGCCACUCCCGGCAGCCGUCCAUCAUCUCCGAUGCUUCGGCGGCUGAGGGCGACCGAUCCUCCACGCCGAGUGACAUCAACUCCCCCCGCCACAGAACACACUCCCUCUGCAAUGGGGACAGUCCUGGUCCAGUACAGAAGAACUUGCACAAUCCAAUUGUACAGUCUCUAGAGGACCUGGAAGACCAAAAACGGAAAAAGAAGAAAGAAAAGAUGGGCUUUGGCUCCAUCUCCAGGGUGUUUGCCCGGGGGAAGCAGCGUAAGUCCCUCGACCCCGGCCUCUUCGACGGGACGGCCCCCGACUACUACAUCGAGGAGGAUGCGGACUGGUGACUCCCCCCUGGCCUCACCACCCCCCUGUACAUACCCCCCUCCGUGGACGUGUCACCUCUUGUCUUGGGAGCGUUGCAGCAAUGUUGUAACUUCAGUUUUUUUGGUUUUUUUUUUUUUUUUGUGUUGUUCCACACUGAUAACUCCUUCGUUGUUGCUUCAGUUGGUCAGUUUGGGUUGGUUGUUUUGUUGUUGUUCUUUUUGUACUUAUAUCCUCUUUUUUUGUUGUUGUUGGGUGUUUUUUUUUUUUAGUUUUUUUUGUUUGUUUUUUGUUUUUUGAUGAAACUUGAAACUUGAAGGACUGCUGUGUCUAUGUAAAUACCAGAAAUAUUGUGCACUUUGUGCUCGUGACGUCUCUUGUCCGAAACCGCGCUCUUCUCCGGGGGAUGUCCUCACCUGGGGAUGAAGGACCUGCCCAGCUGAGGGACCUUAGAGAGAAAACACACACACACACACACACAAAAAAGAAAAAAAAAAAAGAAAAAAAAAAGAAAUAUCUCCUUCACCGUGAUGUCUUCCUGGCCAAGCCCUGUGGAGGCAACACGGGCUGGCUGGAACGCCUGCCAGUCUGGAAAGAAGUGUUUUAACGUUCCUUUUUAGUUGUUUUAAUUUAUUUGCACAAACCCAGAGGAGCUAUUCUAACUAAAUU